ACCAACCGUAAUUCACACAGACAUGUUUGUCAACAGUAUUGGGCCAGUCAAUGCCAUCAAUAUGGAGUACACCAUUGACAUCUUCUUCGCACAGACCUGGUAUGACAGGCGUUUAAAGUUCAACAGCACCAUGAAGGUUUUACGUCUCAACAGUAACAUGGUCGGCAAAAUCUGGAUCCCUGACACAUUCUUUCGGAACUCCAAGAAGGCAGAUGCCCAUUGGAUCACCACACCAAAUCGAAUGCUUCGGAUAUGGAAUGAUGGGCGUAUACUGUACACUUUGAGGUUGACUAUUGAUGCAGAGUGCCAGCUGAAACUGAAUAACUUUCCAAUGGAUGAACAUUCCUGUCCCCUGGAGUUUUCAAGCUAUGGCUAUCCCAAGGAGGAGAUCGUAUACAAGUGGAAGCGUAGCUCUGUGGAGGUUGGGGAUAUCCGUUCCUGGCGUCUCUACCAGUUUUCCUUCGUUGGCCUGAGAAACACCUCAGAGGUUGUCAGGACUGUGUCAGGUGAUUAUGUGGUGCUGACCGUCUUCUUUGACUUGAGCAGAAGGAUGGGUUAUUUCACCAUUCAGACAUAUAUCCCCUGUACCUUGAUUGUUGUCCUGUCCUGGGUCUCUUUCUGGAUCAAUAAGGAUGCAGUGCCAGCAAGAACCUCCUUGGGAAUCACAACUGUGCUUACCAUGACAACACUGAGUACCAUUGCUAGGAAGUCCUUACCCAAAGUGUCCUACGUCACGGCUAUGGACCUCUUUGUAUCAGUAUGCUUCAUCUUUGUUUUUGCCGCUCUGAUUGAAUAUGGAACGCUCCACUACUUUGUAAGCAACCGCAAACCCAGCAAAAACAAAGACAAGAAGAAGAAAAAUCCUCUCCUCCGGCUCUUUUCCUCCAAGGCCUCCACUGUAGACAUCCGCCCGCGCUCGGCCACCGCCAUCCAGAUGAACAACGCCACUCACAUGCAGGAGCGAGAUGAAGAGUAUGGGUACGAGUGUCUGGAAGGGAAGGACUGCUCCAGCUUCUUCUGCUGCUUCGAGGACUGUCGCUCAGGAGCGUGGCGGCACGGUCGCUUACACAUCCGUGUCGCUAAGAUAGACUCUUAUGCUCGCAUAUUUUUCCCUACCGCAUUUGGUCUAUUCAACCUAGUUUAUUGGGUUUCCUAUCUCUAUCUUUAAAACACCCUCUAAAUUUGUUAGGCUGGCCUUAUUUUAUUUUACAUAAUUCCACCAAGACCAUUUCUUGGAAAACGUGAACCGACCGAAAACAUUUAAGUUGCUUUGUGUUUUUUUCUUUUAGUUGUUCGUUUUUGUUGUUUUUUUAUGUGGGUGUGUCUUAGAUUUCUUGUGCGUGUUUACGUAAUUUGUGAGUUGUAAAUUGGUUUGUCUAUGUUUACAUUUUUUCUAGAGAGUAUAUCUUGUGCACAAAGCAAAAGUUGUAGCAAAGAAAAUAAAAACAAAACAAUGGGGCAGAGAACGGGAACCUGCAUUUGUGAGAUCACACCUGGAAUAUCCAGAACCGGGAUGGGGCAAGAGCAGAAAAUUGGAGGUACUGCAUGCCUACGUGUUCCAUUAGUCCCUCAAAAGCGAGAAAUGCACACAAAUUGAGAAUUUGUGAGACUGUAUCCAAACGCAUGGACUGUCAGGCCUACAGUAUAUGGGAUUAACUGAAUCCAUCAAAUACUAAAAACCAGUACUAGUCCUAGUAUUAUUUUUGCAUUCUAAUGAUCAAAUGUAAAAUUUUAAGUGUUUGAAUUUUCUACAUCAUUUAAUAACCCUACGGUUUUUCAUGUGUGGUCAUCUGUACAAAAGUUGUAAAUACUGUACAAUGGAGUGAUAUACAUCAUACUGCAUGCACCUGUCAGGCCAAAAAGAAGCAAAUAUUUAAAGUCUUCUAUUGUCAUCAGCCUUAAAAAAAAUGUUCAGGAAACCUCAACUUGAACAGUUCAAUCUACAUUUUGUCAUUUAAAACCAUUUAUAGAUAACUGUCAUUUAUAGAUGGACAACAAUGUUGUUACAUGUAAAAAUACUCAAGGAUUGUUUCCGCAUUCUGGACUUUAGUUAUUCGUAUGAGACUCUUUUCCAUACUUCGAUAGGUUUGCUGUAUAUACCCACAGAAUAAUGAAUAACUGGUCUUAGGUUAUAACACAGCUGAAGAACAUCAAUAUUUUUGCAAGGGUGUUCAGAAAUAUUAUCUAUACAUCUACAUACUGUAUAUUAACUUCAGAAGCAAACUGUAACAUUUCUUAAAGUAUUUUUAUUUGUAAUGCAGAUUGGCAAUUUGUAUAACCUAAUUAGUUGUAAGAUUUUACACAGUUUUGCCUCUCGAGUAAAUGUAUUUUAGGAUGUUUGGAUGUUUACUGGACAACAUGCAAAAUAUAUACAUCUUUUGUGCAGUUGCUUUGUCAAUAUUCUGAUUCUUACUUACACACAUAUCAAGUAGUGCUACCAAGGAAAACUGGUCCAAAUUCAUUCUGACAGUAUGGUUUUCUCCGAAAAUAUAUGUAAAACCAUCAUUGUGGGUUUUCCAAAAGCAUGCAUCACACAGUUACCCUGUAGCUUUAUUUGUUUGUUUGUUUGUUUGUUUGUUUAUUUAUUUGCAAUUAUUAACUUUGCCUUAUACAUUGAAUGAUGAUGAGAAAAAAUUAUUUCAGUCGUAGAAUAUCUAGAUUAAGUUCAUGUGUGUGCUAUUCAACUGGUUUUGUCGAAGUCAACAAAAGGACAUCCAUGCAUGUAUUUGGUAUUAUAUUUAGAAAAUUAGUAUUGCUGCCUACAUACAGUACAUGCGAUCAAACUUAUUACAAACCAUCAUGAAUAAAUUGUAACAUAUGCAAACACAAACUACUUUCUCUUUUGAAGAAUCAUCAGAAAUAUCAUUCCAGGUUGUUAACUAUGCUUUUGAGAAUGGAGAUGUUGUGCACAUAUGCUUCAGCAUUACUGCAGGAAGACAAAUAAAACAAAUACCUAAACAAAUGUAACUAAACAAACAAAAAAAAACGCACACAAAAUACUGCACUUUGGACAAAAAUCUCAAAUUUGCCUAAAUUUUUUCAUUUAGUUUCAUUUACUGCUUUAUUACUAAAUGUAAUAUUUCUUUUUUUUUCUUUUUGAUAAUUUUACCUAACUACAUGGACAAGGUAAUGGUUUGGUUUGAAAAAAAAAACAAAUUGUUUCUUGUAUAACCUAUAGCAUAAUAUGACCAUACAGUCUUAAUUCUAAACCGUAUGCAUUAACCUUCCAGCUGAGAAAACUGCCAUACAGUGCAGUAUGGUUUUGCAUUUUGUGGAUAUGUAUGCAUCUUGGUUUGUUUGCAUCAUAUGCGUGGGCAUGGUUAAUUUUUUAAUAGUUUAUACUCAUGUUAAAUCUAGAUGUCAUUAGAGUCUCUUGAAAAUUUUCUCCUCAAAAAUAUCAACACCACCAUCCUUCCUCCAUUUGCUGGUAAUGAGCCACCCACAGACUCAUAUUACAGUUCUAAUCAUCUUGCGCAUCAUAUAUUUAGAGCACAGCUCAAUUUGUUUCUCCUUCAAGUCAGACAAUUCUUCUUCUUCAAGUCAGGCUUUCCCUCAAAUCAACAGACUUCAAACAUAUCACCAAGAAAUGUCAUGUUUUAAAGGUAUUAUUCAUUGUUGAAAGACAUGGUAGGUGUAGUUUGGUGUUUUGUGCCGAUUUUAUUUCUCACUUUGACUGGCAAAAGGAACAGUGUGAAUGAAGACAUCAUUUUGUGCGAAACUGUUAAACAAAUUGUAUUCAAUAUAUAUAUAAUUAUUAUAGGUUGUAGAAAAUGGAGUAUACUCGUACAACUAAAAGUCCCAACUCAAUUUAAAUAAUUUUCAUUGAAUUCAGGUGUUACAUUUAUGCAACCUAUUUUUCACCUUUUAUCAUGCACAUUAGUAUUUAUUGAAUUCUUAAACCAAUUCACUCUUUUUAUUUUUAAGGCCGCAAGUAUCUUUUAUUUUAAUUAAAAGUUCACAAAUCCAUUUGUGACAAUGUGACAUUGGUUAUGUUAUAAAUUUUCCCUUUAUCUUAAUAAAAAGGUUUUAUUGUAAUUUUGAUACAGUAUUUACUGGCUGUAUGUUAGAUGUUUGUAAAAACUGACACGAAUUCUAAUUGUUUACCAUUGUGUUUUAAAGAGCCCAUCAAACUUGUUGACACUGGGAUAUUGUACCUUUACACAGAUUUAAAUUAAUGUAUAAAAUAUUUUUUACACAAAACAGUAACAUUGCAAAAUGGCCGUAAGUUAUUGAAUAAUUAAGUGAAAUGAAAGAAUUUGUUACAGUUUUGCAUAAGGUUAUUGCAACAAGGUGAGUCGAAAUUCACCAUGAAAUUAAAGAAUGUUGAAAAAUCCAGAUUGCCUUGUCUGCAAGCCUAGAGCUUGAUGGUAAAGUUAGAUGACGGAGUUAUUUUAUUUAUUUAUUCAAUCGUAAAAUACCUGCUAAAUAUGAACAACACCACAAAACAUUUAUUGGCAGUUUUUGAAAUUAGGUUUGUGUAGCCUAUGUUACUGUAAAUGUGUUUAUGGAAACGUUGUCUGUUGCUUUCUGACAUUAUUAGCAUUAUAUUUUUUGGUCAAACAACAUACAGUAUAUCUACAUUGUUAACUACCAAACCUGUAAAAAAUGUUUGAGCUUUAUUACAAACUGCUGAGCAUUCACUUUUAUUCACACACUAAUAUACAGAGUAGAAUGGUUGCAUUUUAAUUGCUUAACUCUGCAGUCUGGGUUUGCACAAAAUCUUAUGGAUAAAAUAAUAUUGCAUAAGCUGUUAGCUUCCCCUGGAGCCAACUUCUGACUGCACAAAUAUGGUCAUUUGAGUAUAAAUGGUAAAUAUCAUGGAUCUGAAGUGUUUUCAGUAACGAAUACAACAUUUGUGAAGAGCACAUGUAAAAAAUCUAUUUCUACAUAUUUUAUUGCUAGUCUGGGAAACAAAAUAAUUUGCCAUGCUUUUAUGACAGUACUGUCAAGCUGCAAAACAAAAGGAUUCAAAAUAAGUUGUUAGCUUUUCGCCAUGUCUAUAUAUUUAUUGAUUAUAGUGUACAGAACAGACACUGUUAAUUUCAUGUUAGGAUUUGCAUAUAUGUACUGAAAAUCCUUUUCAUAAAGGAAAUGCACAGAGCUGUGGAUUUUUUCAAUAAAAGAUUGCAUU